ACUUUUACUUCGGUCAAACGGUCAAACUCAGCCUAAGCGACACCGUACGUGUAUAAAAUACUGAUAGCACAUAGCACCACAACACAGAGACAGAAUAGAGCGAGUACACAAUACGCUCAAAUUUCUCAACCACAUGAAAAUGGUCAACAAGGAAGGGCCAUCAGCGCCGACAUCUCCGCCAACGCCGGUGCCAAGGGUUGCGGUGGUUGUUUUCAUCUUGAAGGGAAAAUCUGUCCUUCUCGGCCGCCGCCGCUCCUCCGUUGGCAACUCCACCUUCGCCCUUCCGGGAGGCCACCUUGAGUUUGGGGAGAGCUUUGAGGAUUGUGCGGCAAGGGAAGUGAGAGAGGAAACAGGAUUGGAGGUUGGGAAAGUGGAGCUGUUAACGGUUACAAACAACGUGUUUUUGGAAGAGCCGAAGAAGUGCCAUUACGUCACUAUCUUCAUGAGGGCAGUCUUUGGGGCAAAUGAAGCAGAGCAGGUGCCACAGAAUCUGGAGCCGGAGAAGUGUGACGGGUGGGAGUGGUAUGCGUGGUCUCAUUUGCCAAACCCGUUGUUUGGGCCUCUUGAGAGGAUGGUCAAAGGGGGUUUUGAUCCAUUUCCAGUGUAAAAUCCUUUUUGGGCUUAGUUCGGUUUGGUUUCGUUAACUUUGGGUUAUAAUAGAUCCGCAUGAGCAUUGUAAUGUUAAGGUUUGUAUUUAUUUCUCUUUUGGGUGCUGCGACUUUGUAUUGGAAUUUGGUGAGGCAAGAAAUGAACGAGCAAGCAUAAUUCGAUUAGAUUCACCAAUUUCAAAUAA